ACUUGGCUACAGUACAGUGUUCAACAUGUACGCUAAGGGGAAGGGCUCGUCCGUGCCCUCCGAUGCGCAAGCCAGGGAAAAAUUGGCGUUGUAUGUGUACGAAUACUUGCUCCAUGUUGGUGCCCAGAAAGCUGCACAGACCUUCCUCUCAGAAAUAAGAUGGGAGAAAAAUAUAACAUUAGGAGAGCCGCCGGGGUUUCUACAUUCAUGGUGGUGCGUGUUCUGGGACCUGUACUGUGCGGCGCCGGAGAGGAGAGACACCUGCGAACACUCCAGCGAGGCUAAGGCCUUCCACGACUAUGGUUUCGUCAAUUCCGGCUACGGCGUCAACGGUAUAGCACACAAUGCUGGUCCAGCACCCUCACCGCUCGGCCAGAUGCCCCCCAGUGACGGUAUGGGCCCCGGGGGCCCCAUGCCUCCAGGCUUCUUUCCGGAGAUGGAGACUUUGUUGGUUGGCAAGGUCCUCCAGGGAUGAACCCCAGAAUGGCAGGUCCUAGAGGACCUGCUAUGGGUCCCGGACCUGGUAUGGGCCCUAUGGGUCCAGGAGCAUAUGCCCCAGGAAUGAGAGGACCACCACCAAGUAGUAUGGGUCCAGGUGGACCUGGAGGUCCAGGAGGACCAGGUCCUGGUGGACCAGGACCUGGCAUGCCUCCAAUGAGCAUGGGAGGUCCUGGCCCUAGACAACCAUGGACACCAAACACAUCUACUCCUAUGAGCUACUCCUCAUCUUCGCCUGGGACCUACGGCGGCAUGAUGGGUCCGCCAGGUUCUGCAGGUCCGCCUGGUCCUGGCACGCCUAUCAUGCCCAGUCCUCAAGACACGUCAAGUAGUGGAGCUGAUGGAAUGUUCCCAAUGAUGAAGCCAGUACCUGGAGGGGGGAUUCCUGGGGACUUCCCCCUGGGUAGUGGCCCUGAUGGGCCCAUGGGUGGCCCUAUGGGUCCUAACACCAUGGGCCCUGUUAUGAAUGGUGAUGGCUUGGAUGGCAUGAAGAACUCACCUGCAAAUGGUCCUGGGACGCCGCGAGAUGAUGGAGGCGGUAUGGGGGACUACAAUCUAGGAGGCUUCGGGGGCCCUCCGGAGAGUGACCAGAAUGAGUCGGCUGCCAUUUUAAAGAUUAAGGAGAGUAUGCAAGAAGAAGCAAAGCGAUUUGAAAAGGAUGUUCCACCGGAUCAUCCAGACUACUUUAUGCCGUGACGUGACCCUCUCCCAUCCCCACUUUACCCUGUGAACUAGCUCUCUUGGUUCUCUGCAGAACCUAUGACAUGUCAAUAGUCUGGAGUUGACCUUUUCCCUCAUCCCAGAUAUUGACGACAUGUCUAAACAUGGCAAUGAGGGCAUUGUGCGAGUGCAGCAAUGUAGUGACUGUGUCUGCACAAUGACAUUUUGCCACACAAUUAUGGUGAUAUGAAUUUAUAUAUGGUGGAGUGAUGAUGGGACAUUGGGUCCUUGCAGACUCUUUCGAGGAACUGGCAUCACAGCCCUCGGUACAAUUCUCAAGUGAAUCAAAACGCAGAACUCCUGUGAUGGAGUGCUAUCCUACAGUGGAAUUAUGACAUGUGAUUAGAAACACUAGUGAUUUACCCUAUGAAGUCUGAAAGUGCAGGCUGAGCACUGAAAAAAAUGGUACACUGUAUGACUUCUUACAUACACCAUAUAAAGAGAAGUGAAAUGGUGGCUCUAAUUUCUGCUGUUUGAUGAUAAGUCUGUUGUGUCAUUCAUUGUGCUUUCUAUGUGAAUCUUGUAGGAAACAAAAUUGUUAUUAAUAUUAUUUAAUAUGUUUUCUCAGUUUCACUCAUUUAAGACCCCAAGAUCCAUAUCCUGAAAAAGCAGUGUCAGGAGACUUUGGCAGUCAAGGGUAAGAUGGAGAUGUAGAUAUUUUCAUAAACCGUCAUUGCUCAUAGGUGGUGUCCACAUGCCUCAACUGGACAACCAAUGCUGCCUGUCUCCUGGCUGGACCCUUGUAAGAGUGUCCACGGUUUUCUUCGCUCCAAAGAAAACUACCCAGUCCCAGGCACCAGCAGUUCCCCAUCACUACUACCAACGUCAUCCUGGGACGUGCUCCUGGGAAGGACUGGAAUAUGUCCUUAACCCCCAGGGUAUUAACCCUGAGCCAGCUGGAACCUACUCACUUUGGGCCCAGCACUCAUGUACAAAUUUCCCAGCCUGGGACCUCUGGGACCUUGGCACGUGAUCAGCCCUCCACAUGUGCAAAAGACAGUAAUGUCUGUUCUCACUAGUAUUACUCAGACAUUGUUCUGGCCUCAGGCCCAACUCAUGUAAUAUCAGAUGGGAAGUAUUUUAUUCAGACACUUUGUGUUAGCUUACCUACCGGACUGGAAGUGAUGACCUUUGUCUAUUCUGUACAGAUCUCUCAAAGUGUUGUAGAUGUAGGAAUAAUUUAUUAUUUAUCAUGUCCAAAUCUCUCUUUCUUCUAGAUUCCCUAUGUUAAACUGUUUUUACCACAUUGGCCAACCCACUCCUUCUCUCCAUGACUCAACACCACCACCACCAUUAUUAUCGCUUUGUCAUCUCCACCACCAAUGUCACCAUCACCUCACCACCACCACCACCACAUAGUCAUCGUGCCACUGCUUCACCUCCACCACUUCAUCACCACCAUCUAAUCCACUUCACCACUACCUCCUCCACCAUCUCUUCCACUUCAUCAUCACUGCCUCCACCGCCAUCACCACCACCACUACUUAACUAUUUGCACCACCACCACUACUUCACCAUCUCACCCCCCACCACUACUUCACCAUCUCCAUUACAUCACCACCACCAUUUCACCUUCACCACUUCACUGCCAUCAUUUCUCUCACCACCACCACUACUUCACCAUCUCCAUUACAUCACCACCAUCAUUUCACCUUCAGCACUUCAUCGCCAUCAUUUCACCUCUACCACUUCACCUCCACCACUUCACCGCCACCACUUCACCUCCACUAUUUCACCUCCACCAUUUCACCUCCACCACUUCACACCACCAACAUUUCAUCACUGCAACUUGUGGUCCAGCAGUGUGAUAUACUUCACUGCUUCCCAUUCAACCAACGCCAAAUGUAAGUCACUGAAAAUGAUCACCCAGGAUGCACCACCACCGCCAGACUCGACUACCACACCUGGGGGUGCUAACUCAUAUGGCAUGCUUGCUUUUAGAAUCAUCUUGAAUACACAAUUGUAUCAACUUCUAACAUAUGUUAGAUAAUUCUUUACUCUGUGUGUUACAGUGACCCAUUAUUAAUUUAUUGACUUGGCCCUAAAUAUGACUUCUUCACACACGUAGACAACCACAAAACACCUCACAGCCUAGGUUUAUCUCACUCAGUCAUGCAGUCUUCAUCUUGGCCUAGGUCAAAUCAUUUCAUCGAAGCAAAAUGACUCAUGACCCAGUUAUACUAACUGGGUUUAACCCUGGGUGUAUGUCGCUCUGGUGGUGCGACCGUUCUGCCCGGUUUGUCUAUUCUGACCAAGACCCCUUGUACAGUAGAACAUAGCAGAUAUAUUAUGUGUAGCAAUUUUCAAUAAAAUGGCUAAGGCAAUAAGAAA